AUGGGCAGCACUCAGGCUUGGCAGCAGACCGUCGCUCGGAAACGAAGUAUCAGGGAUCAACUCCUGACUCCAUAUCUAGUAAACGAUGUAGAGCAACGUUUACCGCAACUGGACAAUGUCACGGAGCGCAGUCAGGUAGCGAAAGACCCGCUGGUUCAGACGAUCACGGACAUUGAUAACGUCGCCGUCUUGCUAGAGCACCUCGAGAAGGGAGAGUUUCAGGCGGAGCAGGUGAUCAAAUCCUAUAUCACACGAGCCGUGGUGGCGCAUCAAUUGACAAACAGUCUGACCGAGAUCAUCUUCGAAGAUGCCAUAGAACAAGCAAAGGCCUUAGAUGCCGAGUUCAAAGAGACUGGAAAUCUGAGAGGUCCACUGCACGGUAUUCCAGUCACGCUGAAAGACCAGUUCAAUGUCAAAGGCGUUGACACGACACUGGGAUAUGUGGGCAGAUCCUUUGCUCCAGCCAAAGAUGACGCCGUGCUUGUUCAAAUCCUGAAGAAUAUGGGUGCCAUCAUCAUCGCCAAGACGAAUCUCCCACAGAGUAUCAUGUGGGCCGAAACCGAGAAUCCUCUCUGGGGACUCACAACCAACCCUCGAAAUCCCGAGUUCUCCCCGGGUGGCUCGACAGGAGGAGAAGGUGCCCUGCUCGCAUUACACGGUUCUAUUAUCGGCUAUGGAACUGAUAUCGGCGGGAGCGUGAGAAUCCCACAGAGUACAGUAGGCCUGUAUGGAUUCAAACCUAGCAGCGCACGACUUCCAUACCAGGGUGUCCCCGUCUCGACAGAAGGCCAAGAACACGUCCCAUCAUCAAUCGGCCCAAUGGCCCGAGAUCUCUCGUCCAUCUGCUAUAUGAGUCGCCUGUUAGCGAAUAGCCAGCCGUGGGAAUUAGACCCGCGAUGUGCUCCUCUGGCCUGGAACGAGGGCAUAUUCCAGGAAAUCCAGAGCAGACCUCUAGUCAUCGGCUUGAUUCUCGAUGACGGGGUUGUCAAAGUCCACCCGCCCAUUACUCGCGCCUUGCAGGAACUAUCGGCCGUGCUCAAAGCGAACGGGCAUGAAGUCGUCAUAUGGGAUACAUCCGACCAUGCGCCUUGCAUUGCAUUGAUGGAUCAGUACUACACAGCCGAUGGAUGCGAGGAUAUCCGUCGGGAUGUAGCUGCUGCGGGUGAACCGUUCAUUCCGCAUGUUGAAGCACUUCUGAAUCGUGGCAAGGCAAUUUCGGUCUAUGAAUAUUGGCAGUUGAAUAAGCAGAAAGUUGCGGCGCAGAAGAAUUAUCUGGAUAAAUGGAAUGCUGUGCAGUCACCAUCUGGACGGCUCGUUGAUGUUCUGCUCAGUCCUACCCUGCCGCAUACGACUGUGCCUCAUCAGAAGUUCCGUUGGGUUGGUUAUACUAAGAUUUGGAAUUUGCUUGAUUAUCCUGCCUUGACGUUCCCUGUGGAUAAAGUCAGGGCUGAUCUGGAUGUGAUGCCUGUUGGGUAUGAGCCGAGGAACCAGCUCGACGAGUGGAAUCGGAAUCUAUAUAAUGCGAAGCUGGUGGAUGGGUAUCCGGUCAAUCUGCAAAUUAUUGGGAAGAAACUUCAGGAGGAGAAGGUGUUAGGGGCUGCUACGGUUGUUGAGAAGCUUUGGAAGAGCCAUGUUGAGAGCAAAUGA